AUGGCUGCUGAGAGAACUUGUCUGGGGGAGGACAGCUCUAGCUUUGUGUCGGCGAUUCGUGGAACCGUGGCCUGUGAAAGCUGCCGUGGAGUGCAGAGGAGUGGAAGUUUCUUGAGAAAGCAGCAGGCUGCCAGGGUUUUACGUCCUCUGCGCGGCCCCCUCGGCUCUCCGGCGGGCUCAGAGCUCCCCCUCCCGAGGCGCCACGGCCUCGCCGCUCCCCGGCACCGCUCCCGCUGCCCUCGCCGGGUCCCUCUGCGGGGGACGCCAGGAAGGAAGCGGCGGGGCGCUGCCUCCCGUCCCGGCAGGGGCGCUCCGCUGCGGCCGGGCUCGCAGGCAGGUACCCGCCGCGGGAGGGACGGGCCGGGUCCAGGCGGGGCCUGCCGGGGGGCGGCGGAGCCGGGCCCCGGUGUAACCUCCCCCGCGGGUGCUCGGCGCUGCGGGCGGGCGGAGGGAAGGCGGCGGGCGGCGCCGGGCGGCCGCACCGCAUGCGCAGGAGGGCAGGUAUCGCCGGCAGCCGCGGAGCCGCCGGGAGCAUCGCGGCGGCCCCGCGUCCUCAUGGUGCCGUGUCAGGGCGGAGAGGGCGACGCCGCUCCGGCGGCGGGCGGCCAGGAGCCGGAGGUGCCGCCGGGCCGGGAGGAUGGGCCGGGUGCGGUGCAGCCGUGCCUCUGCCCGGCGCCCGGCGUCGAGGCGGCGGGCGCCGAGGAGCGCCGCGCUUGUGGCUGCUGCUCGGGCACGUCCUGGCCGUUCUGCUGCGAGGCACCUGGGACAAAGAAGAAAGCUGCGUGCCCAGGACUCGGUCUGUUUUACACUAUACUGUCUGCCUUCCUUUUCUCAGUGGCCUCUUUAUUCCUUAAAAAAAUAGAAGAUGUACAUGCAGUGGAAGUGAGUGCAUUUCGAUGUGUUUUCCAAAUGGCAUUUGUUCUUCCUGGUUUAAUAUACUUCAAAACAGGGUUUUUGGGACCAAAAGGUAAAAGAAUUUUUCUUUUCUUCCGAGGAUUCCUUGGCUCUACUGCAAUGGUUCUUCUCUACUACGCUUACCAAGUCAUGCCGCUAGCUGAUGCCACUGUUAUAACUUUUACCAGUCCUGUUUUUACAUCGUUGCUGGCAUGGAUCUUUCUCAAAGAGAAAUACAGCCCUUGGGAUCUUCUGUUUACUCUCUUUGCAAUCACUGGAGUGAUUCUUAUUGCCAGACCACCGUUUCUGUUUGGCUCACGUGUUACAGGGAUUGAAGGAAGUUACUCAGAUCACCUUAAAGGAACUAUAGCAGCGCUUGCGAGCACAUUAUCCGCAGCUUCGACUAUUGUUAUACUAAGGAAGGUGGGAAAAUCUGUGCAUUAUUUUUUGUCCAUUUGGUAUUACGCAGUCAUUGGAUUAAUUGGAUGUGUUAUAGCAUUGUUUGUUUUGAAUGAAUGGCGUUUACCAUACUGUGGUAGAGAUAGGGUUUUUCUAAUAUUGAUAGGCUUGUUAGGGUUGGGAGGUCAGACAUUUCUCACAAAAGCAUUGCAGAUAGAGAAAGCUGGACCUGUAGCAAUAAUGAGAACAAUGGAUGUGGUGUUUGCUUUUAUUUUACAAACUCUUUUUCUCAAUCAUCUACCAACUUGGUGGACUGUGGGUGGUGCCCUUUGUGUAGUAGCCAGUAGUUCUGGAACUGCCAUUCGUAAGUGGAGACAUAGUGUGAAAAAAGCUAAACAGAGGGAAAUCUAACAAUAUAGACACUAAUUCAUUACAGAAACAAGCAACCUUGAAAGAUAGAUCAAUACAAUAUUUAUUUUAAUUUAUUUUAAAUAACCUAUUUACUAAAUUGUAGUACCAAAUUAUAUCCAGUAAAAUAACUGGAUAACUUUUUUUUAACCAAAAUUGGAGAUGUUUUAGCAGCUGAUGAGGUAUAUACUUUCCUUUCUUAUAUUUGGGCAUGCUAAUAUGGGCAGUAGAAAGAUACUUAAAAGUAGUUUCUUUCUUUCAAAAGUGGACUAUAUUUAUUUUCCUAAAGUUCCUGACUCUCCACUUAGACUCUAUUUUUCAGAGCAAUGGAAAUAAAUCUCCCAGACUUAAUGCUGUUCUGUGCUUGAUUACCACAGGGAUUGCAGUACAAAAGUUAGAAGGAAUAAAGAAUUGAUAAUCCUUAAACAACCGGCUUUUAUAGAAUAGAUAAAGCUUGUACUUCUAUAAGCUUUCUAAUUAUCAUUUUGCACAAACCAGAUGCCAAAUGCAGAUUUAAUUUUAAUUUGGAUUCUAAAAGAAGAAAAGCUAUUUCAUUUUUUUCCGAGUAAUACCGAGAGAAAAUUGUGAAAAUUACCUAUCAGUUUUGCUUUUUUAAAAAAAGAAUUUCAAGUGUUUGCACUUCACAUAGUGAAACAACCUAAUCACCUUUUUUUUUUUUUUUUUUUUUUCCCAAAAGUGAUUUUCCAUAUAAACGUGUCUUUAGUUGUUGCAGUCUUAGUGAUGAGAGACAACAGUUAAUUCUAUACCACACAUAAAUUAGCCCUUUCUUCUGGUAUGGAAUGCUGCGCUGUAGCUGCACUUUUCUUUAUUCUAUGCAAAAUAUUAUAUUUUUUAGGUAUUUAAUACAGGUUAUAUUUAAUGCUGCUUAUGACCCUUUUUAGAUUCUUCUAUACAAAAGUUCUUUAUGAGACGAAGUUUGAGUCUCCUUUGCCUUCAUAAACUUAGGAGGUUUUACAGUAAAGCUUUUGCCUGUUUCCUAAGAAUGUACAAGAGUGCCAUGUAAUUGCAGUUUCACAGAAAAUGCAGGUUGGCUAAGGUCAUACAGAGAUUCUACAGAAGAGCUUUGAGGAAAGCUUGGUGGAAGGGUGAUGCUAUGCAUACACAUCACAUUCAGGCAUCCACACUGCAUCAGGCAGUGAGAACGGGCAGCUUCAGUCCCACUUCUCAUGCUGGCCCUUUUAAGUCUGUAUUUAUCACUUCUCUUGCACAUCUUCUCACUUUUAUAGGCUUUAUCUAGAAUGCAACAAGUACCAAGGAGAAAUACUUUUAUUACUGGUCUUGGUGUCCUUCACAUUUCAGGAAGACUAAAUGUUUAGUAUCAGGAAGUGGGAUUUUCCUAAUCUGAACAUUAUGUACUUUAGGGUCUUGUCUCAAAAGUACACAAUGUUCAGAUUGUCUCUUGUCUAAAACUUGUAAAGUUUAAAGAAAGUUUUAACUUGAAUCUUUCUUUGGUCUUUUGUAUCUUGAGGAGGUUUUCAGACUUAGGAGGAGCUGCUAAGGUCAUUUGGUCAGUUGCUCACCUAUCAUGUAAUAAAGUUCUCCAGCUGUGUGCUGGACACUUUGUCCUGAAGGAUGCUGUGACAGUAUCAAAAGCUCUGCUGAAGUCCAAAAAGGUUGUGUCCUGGCUUUCCUAGACUGACUAGGUGGGCUACCCUGUAGUAGAAGGAAAUCAGGUUUGACAAUCAAGACUUGCCAUUCAUGAAGCCGUGCUGGCUGCGACCAAUGAUUGAGUUGUCCUUCAGGUGUUUUUCAUUACCUCACAGAAAAAUCUUUUCCAUGUAUCCAGAUAUGAGGAUCUGUCUUUGUCCAAGUUUCCGUAGGUGAAAUCUGCGCGCUGAAUCUGAAUGUGUUAAUGGAUAUGAGAAGAUUCUCACCCACCAUUUGAGUGGUAGAAUUGGUUCCUGCUUACAGCUGUCUGUUCUCUGCUUUUCCUGAAUGCUGAAGCUCAGCUACUGCUGACAAGGCCAGGAAACUGCUUUACUGUCUCUUAAAAGCCUCACAUAAUAAUAAUAAAAUUCUGGUUUCGCACCCUUUUUGCUUAAUACUUGAAACUGAACUGGGAUUGAUUUUUCUGCUGCUUAACCAUCACUGCCACUGAGCAACAGCUUUCAGAGGAAGGAAGGAAAACAGACUGCAUUUUUUACUGCUUCACUUCAUGUGUAAUAUGCAUGUGUUUGAAUUGCAACUUACGAAGGUGUGGUUCCAAAGCAGUUCAGAUUGAUGCAAACUUGGAUUGUCAGCUAGCCCUGCUCUCUCCUCUUGGCACAAUGCUUAUGUGGUUAUGCGAUGAGCUACCCCUGGGAGCUGGUCCAGUACAUGUCUUUUUAGUAAGGUUGUUGGAGAGGACAAAAUCAGAGUAGCCUAAACUUGAUGACAGUAUAAAAACAUUAGGAAGUAGAAUUAGUUCAUAGUUGAAAUUACAGUGUAUGAAUGGUGCUUUGUCAGGUCAGAGUAAAAAUUAUAUGGAAGCUUACGUUGAAAAGCAUCUUUAGUUCGUAUGAUUUCAAUGAAUCUUGUUUAUGCUUAGUAGAGAAGAACAGGUUACUGGAGAAAGGAUUGUUUUCUUGCCCUUAAUACAUAAGUAAACAUGGAAAGUUUGCUACAUGACCAAAAUCAACGUCUAGGUAUAGUUGUUUGUAAUUUUUGUCUCAAGUUCUAGCAGAAACUCUUUCAAUAUAUUUCUUGUGCCCAAACCCCUAGAUUAUUGGUUUUUUUCUUUGUUCAAACAUACAGGGUUUCCUUAUGGCUUCAUCUGCUUAUUUGCUCUUGCUGUUCUUAAACCUUGCUAAAUAUUUAAUUUGUUAAAAUACUAAUCUAAACCAGAUCCUAUGUUGGAGGAUGUAUGUUUUGGAACAUUGUUUCAAUUUUGAUCGAUCUUUUAGGGAACUGUUUAACUGGAAUGAGAAUGAAGGACUUGACUAGAACUCCUCUAUCCAUAAAGCAUGACAAGCUAGUUUCUGUAACUGGUUUCUACAUGAUGUUUGGAAUGAAAGACAUUUGAGCUUUACGUUCUUCAGCCACCUCAAUUUUAAAAUUUUUCUUCCUCUCAAAUAUAGGCUGAAAACCUAUUAGUUGCAAGCCUUAAAGAUAAUGAAACUACGAAAGUGUGGAUACCAUGAAAUGCUGGAGUUUUUUUAAUUGAAAAUAUUUCUUAAAAUUUCUUUCAGGAUGGUAGAAUUUUUCUUCAAAGCUUAUAACAGUUUGAGAAUCUGAAACGAAACUGGCUGAGCCUUGAUUCUUUUAGAUUCUGAUCUUUUUUAGCUUUUUAAUAUAGCAAGUUUCUCAGGGUCAAAAGUUAUUUUUCUGAGCUUUGAGUCAGAAAUAUAUUGAUGUUCAUUGUCUGUACUGUCCUGUUGUGAUCUUUACUUUAAAGUUGGGUAAAUAUACCAUUCUAAUAGAAACUCCUUCCUGUGUAAUACAAUGGAAUAUUGUUGCAUUGCAGUUGCUUUGUUAUAAUGUUAAGUUUCUCUUGAAUUUCAACAUAAUCAUUCAAUGUUCUGAUUUCUGUGGAUUCUGAAUAGAAAGAGGUAUAAUUAAUUACUGGUUAUUUUGCACAGAAACAGGGAUAAAAAGAUUUAGUUGUUACUGAUGCAUCAUAACUUUGGUUCAUGCAUUCUUUACUAUGCAAGACACUAAUUGCUGGUGGUGGUCAGUGGGACUUUGUAGCCUUAAAGCCUUAUGUAUCCAACUCUUCCGUAGAAAGCUGAUGGCUUUGUACGGUCAUUGUGCAGCAGCCAAUUUCUUUUAGGUUAAGUUGGUUGUUUAAAGUAUGCUCUAAAAGCCCUUUAAAUAAGGGGUUUUAAAUAAAUCUACACCAAGAAUUUGCCAAGCUCUCUGUGUAGAUGAGGGUGGUCUAUAUAAUUAAAACGGCAUUUGUCUAACAUCAGGCAUGAAGUAACCUCAGCAGGUGAUAUUACUAGUUAAAUGUGUAAUUUUUAUUCUGAAAACAGAUUCCCAAUUCCAAAAAGUUCAAGAUGGUGCUUCCUGUAAUUAGUAGUGACAAAAUGGAUCAUACUUUCCUUGACCAUAAUUUAAAAUAAACAACUACUCCCAUGAUAUUUUCUCUUCCGUGAGCUUUUGUAUAAGAGCUGUUAAAAGGUUUAUUUCUAGGGAGGCAGCCUCUUUCAAAGUUAUUUCCUUGCUAACUAGUGGUUAGCAGGGAAAUAACCAGGAAGAGUCUGUUUUUUAGUUCUCUAACCAUGAUUUCCAUGGCAGACUCAUCUGUGGCAUCAGCCCCACAAGGGUAAUAAAAACAUUGUCUCUGUCCUUGCAUGGAUUCAGUGUUGGCCGUGCUGACAGCAGGUGUGAACACUGACUUCAGCAGGACAUUGCAGCUGCCAGCAGAAUGCUUUUGGGGUCAUAACUGCCUAUCCAUCCAAAGACAAGUUGUGGCUUUAUGUUCCUGCAGAUGCAGGUGACUUCAGGAAGGAGCACACAUAUUCUACGGUGAUAACUUCUGUAUAUCAGAAUGAGUAGUUUUGUAUGUUAUGUGAAUUAUUGUUUGACAAAAAGGGGGUAAAAAUACCCUCAGCGUUAAUUAAAGGAUUUUUGCCAUGUCCUGUAAAUUGUUAAAUAUAUGUUGAAUUAAAUGUUUUGUAGAAGUUACUGG